GCCAUCAUCACCAACUCACUUUCUUCGAUUUCUAUUCUCUGUUCAAACAAAUACCCAAAUAUAUAUAUGAUGGAAUACACAAUUCCUCUCCUCUCGUAGCAGCAAUUCUUCUUCAUCAUCCUCCCCAAUCAUUUUCGAAUGGCUUCGACUGCAAACCCUUCUUCUCUGUGCCACAAACAGACCAUUUCACUCCCUCUCGGCCGCCCGACGUCUCUCCUCAAAUCCCUUUCCUUCACUGAUACGUUUAUUGGGUCUCGGAAUUUCAGCUCCCUCUCUCUCCACUGCUCGUCUAAGCGGCGCCGGUGCAUUUUGGUUUCCGCCAGUUCCACAGCUUCCGUGAUGGACCAGUCGCUCGGUAAAAAAGCUUCGCCUGCGGAUCCAACCAUAGUCAAUGUCGAUUUGGGUGACCGAAGCUACCCGAUCUACAUCGGUUCAGGACUUCUCGAUCAACCUGACCUUUUGCAAAGGCAUAUUCAUGGGAAGAAAGUACUGGUGGUGACAAACACCACCGUUGCACCACUCUACCUGGAUAAAGUUGUUAGUGCUUUAACAAUUGGAAAUCCCAAUGUUUCAGUUGAGAAGGUUAUCUUACCUGAUGGGGAGAAGUACAAGAACAUGGAAACCCUGAUGAAGGUUUUCGAUAAAGCAAUUGAGUCGAGGUUAGAUCGACGAUGUACCUUUGUCGCCCUUGGAGGAGGUGUAAUAGGAGACAUGUGUGGUUACGCAGCUGCUUCAUUCCUUCGCGGAGUGAAUUUUAUUCAGAUUCCGACGACAGUUAUGUCACAGGUGGAUUCUUCGGUUGGUGGAAAAACUGGAAUAAACCAUCCACUUGGGAAAAAUUUGAUUGGAGCAUUCUAUCAACCUCAAUGUGUGCUUGUGGAUACUGAUACAUUGAAUACAUUACCAGAUAGAGAAUUGGCAUCUGGACUUGCUGAGGUUAUAAAGUACGGGUUAAUUAGAGAUUCGGAAUUCUUUGAAUGGCAGGAGAAGAAUAUGCCAGCUUUGAUGGCGAGGGAUCCUGAUAUGCUAGCAUAUGCUAUUAAACGAUCGUGUGAAAAUAAGGCUGAGGUUGUGUCCUUAGAUGAGAAGGAGAGUGGACUGCGGGCGACAUUGAACUUGGGUCACACUUUUGGCCACGCAAUAGAAACAGGUUUUGGCUAUGGAGUGUGGUUCCAUGGGGAAGCUGUUGCAGUUGGCACGGUAAUGGCUGUUGAUAUGUCAUAUCGCCUCGGUUGGAUUGAUGAAUCAAUUGUAAAGAGAGUUGCGAGCAUAUUGAAACAGGCUAACUUGCCCACAUCCCCUCCUGAUACAAUGACAGUUGAGAUGUUCAAGUCCAUUAUGGCGGUUGAUAAGAAGGUAGCUGAUGGGCUACUAAGGCUCAUUCUCUUGAAAGGUCCUCUUGGUAAUUGCGUUUUCACUGGUGACUAUGACAGAAAGGCACUCGACGAAACGCUAAAUGCAUUUUGCAAGUCUUGAGUUGGACAGGUUAUUUCGAAGAGUAUCAGUCUUUUCUUUACCUUUUUUGUUUCUUUGUUACUGUCAUGAAUUGUAUGUUGUAUUUAUAGAUAGGCUUCUCACAACAUAAAAAUGAUUUCCCCGUCAGUUUUAUGGUAAAAACACAUUCGAGAUUGCUUCUGUAAACAAUGUUCCUCAUGAAGGAACCACAUGUGCCUGAGCUUGGCCAAUAAGAGAUUUUAAUGUUUCCUAUGCAA